GCGAUGUAUGCAUGUCAAAUUGGUCGCGACUGUCGCGUGGGACAGCAGGACGGCAGCGUCGGGAUGACGGCAUGAAGAUCCAGAUCCGGGGGGGCUCUUUCGAGCUUGAUUUGUGGAGUCGACGCGACUUCUGGAAGGACGCAGUCGACGGUUGAUGAUGAUGGCGUGGAUGAUGAUGAUGUCGCCUUGAAGUCUCUCUCUCGCAAUCAUCGCUUCCUCAACUGCCCUCCACUCCAACUACUCCACCUGUACACCAUCAUUGCGUUUGUCGAUCAACACACAAAGCAACACGUGCCAAUCCUCGGAGCUCCCAGCGCAAUCCGCAGCCCAUCGUCGCCAUGUCGGAACUCCACGACGCGCUCAAGCAGAUAGGCGCCAUUGAUUGGGCUGAUGUCCCGAAAGACAAUCUCGGACCAUGGAUGAAACAGCUCUUCGAGACGGGCGAGCUCAUCUGCAACUCUGUCCCUCCUCCCCCUGGCGGCACCGACUACGAGCAAUCAAAGCCCACCCAGCCCAAGCCUGACACGGCAAAGUCAGCCAAAGAAGUCGUCAACUCGGACGCUCGCCCUGUUGCGCCUCACCCCGAGCAUGCAGGCCUGCAAAAGGCUUGGGGAAAGCCAGUCAAGUUGAACGCAAAGGAAAACCCCCUCGGUAUCUCGGUCUACAAGAUGGCCGGCAAGGAUAGACAUGGUGCGUGGUUUGCCCGAAGACAAGUGCUCGAAGGAGUUUCCAUCACAAAGAUGCGCAAGGCCAUGCAACGCGAGUUUGCAGAGUCUCUGGCCGAGUCUGGUGGCCCUGGUGCUGGCAACGUGCGUGGCAUUGGCGGUGAUCGCAGGCUCGACAAGAAGGAAGUCGACGACGUGGGCAACAUGGAUGCCCUCCAGCUGAGCGCCCAAUUCCCCGGCCCGACCACGCCGAGAGAGUUCAUCGCCUUGAUCUUGACCUCGGACAAUGCCUUGACCAACAAGACCAGCCAGGACAAGCAUGCCAUCCCGAGACAUUACAUGGUAGUCUCAAAGCCUCUUACCCACCCCGACACUCCCGACCGCGAAGGCUAUGUCAAAGGUACCUAUGAGUCGGUCGAGAUGAUCCGCGAGAUCCCUUUGCACCCUGUGCCCGACAAGGCAGAAGAAGCUGGCGACGAGAAGCACGAGCUCAACCCUGUCGAGUGGAUCAUGGUCACUCGCAGUGACCCUGGCGGUGGUAUCCCUCGCUUCAUGGUUGAGAGAGGUACUCCCGGUUCCAUCGCCGCAGACGUCUCCAAGUUUUUGGACUGGGCAUGUGCCAAGGGCGACAUCCCUGAUGCAGAUGCAGACCCAGAACUGCAGAAGAAGACACAAGCCGCCGAUGCUCAACAAAAGGCCACUCCCUCGGCUCCUCCACCAGCACAGCAACCCGCACAACAGCAGGGCGGUCUCUUCGCUUCUAUCACAGGCGCCGUCGAAGCUGGCAUCGAAGCCUAUGCUCCUGCAUCUGUCGCCAACUACACUCACAACUACAUGCACCCCGAGGACGACGCUUCAGACUCAUCAUCGUCUUCAGAUUCAUCCAGUGCCGCAUCCUUUGCAUCCGCCAAAGAUCACCAUCACCACGAUAUGGGCGACCAUCCCUCGCAACAUCCCGCACACGACCCCGCUGCUGUGAUUGCUUCCACAGACUCACUAGGAGCCGUGAGAUCUACCUCCUCAACGACCCUCCCCAUGGGCAGCUCCCCCCACGACAAGGAACUCCGCAAGAUCGACAAAGACCGCGCAAAGAUCGAAGCAAAAAUCCACAAAAAGCAAGACAAUGAAGCCGUCAAGCUCGCCAGCCACAGAGAAAAAGACCCCGAAGACAUUGCCAAAUACCAAGAAAAAUACGACGCCGCCAUGCUGAAGUUGAAAGAGAAGCGCGAAAAGGAACUCGCCAAACUCGAGCAAAAGCGUGAAAAGGAGAUAACAAAAGCACAGAGAAAGAGAAGUGUUCAGUUGAACAAGGACGAGGCUAACAGAGUGGCCAAGGAGAGAGACGACUUUAGAGAUCAGGUUGAUAUGCUGAAGCGUGAGAAUGGGCUGCUUAGAGAGCAAAUGACUGAUUUGCAGCGUGAGAAUGCCAUUCUUGUUGACAAGGUCAAUAAGCUCGGUGGUAUUGGUGCGCUCAAGGAGAUCAAGACUGAGGUCCAGGCUUGAUUGUCUUUUGUUUUUCCCUUGCUUUCUACGAAUCAUUACGCUUUCGGAUUUGGGCGGUUUUUUUGCAUU